AAAAGAAAAACUCUAAAGAAAAAACAGUUUAAAAAAAUAGCAGCAUAUUUUUUAUGAUAUUCAUAUCUGUAACAUAAAUUUAAGUUUGAAACGGAAGGAAACGAAUCCCCAACCAACCAAGGGCUAAAUCAAAGGGAUUCGUACCCGACCCAACAACCAUAAAACCCUAACGCUACAACUGAAAUCCCUUCUACGAACUGAUUUUCUCUCUGUCCUUCGCAGCCUUGGAAACCUCACCGAAAACCUCUUUUCACCAUUGUUGCAGCGCCACCUUCACCGAAUCUCCUUCAGACCACAGUUUUUGUUCAGAGUAAGGGAAGUCCAAAGAAGAUGGAGGAUUGGGAGGAUGAGCCAGCUCCACUGGUUAUCAAAAAGGACCCUAAAAGUUUAUGGGAUGAUGAAGAUGUUGAUGAAAAUGAGAUAAAAGAUUCAUGGGAAGAUGAAGAUGAACCUGCUCCGCCACCAGUUGUGGCGCCGCCCCCUGAAAAGGCCCCAAAAAAGCCGACAGCCAAACCAAUUCAAGAAAAAGGGAAGGCCGUUGAAGUUGCAAAAGAAGAGCCUCUAGAUCCUGUAGCAGAGAAGCUUCGACAACAAAGACUUGUGGAAGAAGCUGAUUACAAGAACACAGCAGAACUUUUUGCCACUAAAAAGGGUGACGGAAAGAACAUUGAUAGUUUUAUCCCCAAAUCCGAGAGUGACUUUAUGGAAUAUGCAGAGCUGAUUUCUAAUAAACUCCGACCAUAUGAGAAAAGCUUUCAUUACAUUGGAUUGCUCAAAUCUGUAAUGAGAUUGUCAAUGACUUCCCUAAAAGCUUCAGAUGCAAAAGAAGUUGCUUCUUCUGUAACUGCCAUUGCGAAUGAAAAGCUAAAAGCAGAGAAAGAAGCUGCUGCUGGUAAAAAGAAGACAGGGGGAAAGAAGAAACAGCUGCAGGUGGAUAAGCCAGAUGAUGAAGCAGUUGUAAAUGCUGGCUAUGAUGGUUAUGACGACUACGAUUUCAUGUGAGGAUGAUGUCAUCCUUUGUUUCAACAUUAAAAUCGGGAUUUUGUAAUUACAGUUUGAUGAGCCAGGGAAUCGUUACGUUACUUGGUCGAGCAUUUGUUCUGUCUGUCUCUGGUUUUGUAUUUGGUGAUGCUAUUUGUGUGCAUCUUCGUCUACAAACACUAGUUAUAAAACUGCAUAUACCUUUUGCCUUGCUGAUGAAAUCUUUCAUAGAACGAGUAGGGUUUGGUGAAUGGUUGAUAUAAACACACCUGAACCUGAUCGAUUGUAUUCCAGACUUUUAGUUUUUGAUAUGUCGUGUUUUUGUGUGUUUUAAGAUGAACAACAGUUUGCU